AUGGGUAAAUGCUGGAAUAAUUUCCUGUUGCUCUUAGUCUGCGCUUGCAUAGGGGCGCAGCAAAAGACAUUAACUUUAAACUUUACACAUUCUCUCUAUAAUGCAACUAUAUUUGAGAAUUCAAUUCCAAAAACCUUUGUUGAAUGCCCUAUUAAAAUGGGCAUUUUCAUAUUGGAUCGGUUCUGGGAUAUAUCAUACAGAAUAGAAUCUGGAGACCACAAACAUUUGUUCAAAGCUGAGGAGCAUGUUUUGGGUGACUUCAGUUUCCUGCGAAUAAAGACAAAAGGGGGACGUUCUGCCACACUCAACAGGGAGGUAAACGACCAGUACAUUUUUACUGUACUAGCAGUUGAAAGGCACUCAGGUGUAGAGGCACGAACACAAGUUAAACUGCAAAUUCUGGACACAAAUGACCACAGUCCUCUGUUUUCACCAACGAUCUAUAGCAUUACAGUACCUGAAAGCACUGCGAUAUAUACCAGCAUAGGCAAAGUCUCAGCAACAGAUGCCGACACCGGGACCAACGGAGAAUAUUAUUUCAGCUUCAAAGAGUGGACGUCUGUGUUCUCAGUCCAUCCUACAAGUGGUGUCAUAACUCUGACCGGCAAGCUGGACUACCUAGAUGUGCCGCGGUAUGACAUUGAUGUGCUUGCCGUGGACAGAGGCAUAAAACACCACGGGAGCGGCGGAGUCAGCAGUACAGCGAAACUGACGGUGCAGGUAUUGCAAGCCAACGUGCAUUCACCUGUUGUCACUGCUAUUCUUUUAACUCCAUGGAACACUACCCAGGAUCCUAGCUAUGCUUUUUUGACUGUGGAAGAUGACGAUGAAGGGGAGAAUGGAGAGAUAGCGUCUUUGGACAUAGUGGCUGGGGAUCCAUUCCAGCAGUUUAAGGCCAUUAGAGUGAGCCCUCAAAUGAAGGAAUACAAGAUCAAAGCCAUCAAAGAGGUUGCAUGGGAGGGAUAUAACUUUGGAUAUAACCUUACCUUGCAUGCCAAGGAUAAGGGAAAUCCACCCAGGUUUUCUUCAGCAGUAACUGUAAAGGUGAAACCCCCACAUGACAUCUUGGAAUCACUUAAGUUUGAAAAAAGUAUCUACAGGGUUACUAUCAGUGAGUUUGCUCCUCCACACUCUCCAGUAGUUACCGUCAGAGCUAUGACACGGUAUGUAAAUAUGAAGUAUUUAAUACAGUAUAGGAUUAAACAGCACAACUACCCAUUCACUAUUAAUCCAAACACUGGCCUCGUAACCACUGUGGAACCUCUCCAGGCAGAGCACGUUAGCCAGUAUGAGUUUAAUGUAAUUACUAGCGAUAGACGAGCUGAAACUAAGAUAGUGGUCAAUGUCAAAGAUAUGAACAGCAAUGCUCCGAAGUUUGAACAGCCUGCAUACGAAGCCAGUGUUGAUGAGCACAUGCCAAUAGGUAGUAGCAUUUUAGCCGUGCAUGCUAGAGAUGUUGACAGUGGGGACAAUGGAUAUGUUACUUAUAGCAUCGUCAAUGUGAACAAACAGCCCUUUGCGAUCAAUUAUUUCACUGGUGUAAUAAGCCCUUCUGAGGAUUUGGACUACGAGGUAAUGCCAAGUAAGUUCUAUUUAAGGAUUCGAGCAUCUGACUGGGGCACCCCUUUCCGCCGAGAAGCAGAAGUUAUGGUCUCAAUCACCCUGAUCAACCUUAAUGAUAACCAGCCACUCUUUGAAAAUAUCGACUGUAAUGUGUCUGUGCCGAGAUCUUUACGAGUCGGUGAACAAAUAACAGUGGUGUCUGCCAUUGAUGCAGAUGAUUUAGGACUUGUGCUCUAUCAUAUUACAGCUGGUAAUGACAAGGGCCUCUUUGAUCUUCAUCCAAAUUCUGGUACACUAACCCUUAAAAAGUCAUUAAUUGACAGGGAUGGAAAACAGCAACUUUUUUCUAGUAUAGAAAUAACAGCAAAUGAUGGAGAGAUAUCUAGUUUCCCCAUGAAUUUGACUAUAAGCUUUGUUAGUGAUUUGAAAGAAAUUUAUUUGAAUUGUGUGGAAACUGGAGUUUUGGAAACUUUUUCUAGGAUUCUCUUUUUUGGCCCCAAAGUGCACAAUGAAAGGCAAUAUUUGGCUGAAUUUUUAGACAUGCAUUCAGUUAACAACCAUUCCCCAAAAUUUAUAGACUCCACUCCGAGUCUAAUAGAGGUUAAAGAGGACCUUCCAGUGGGGACAAGCAUAUUAUUUCUCAAAGCAGCAGAUAAUGACAGUGGCUUCAAUGGGAAAUUGCUUUUUGUCAUCUCAGGGGGAAACUUUGACAAUUGUUUAAUGAUUGAUACAGAUACUGGUUGGCUUAAAAUUAAUGAACCUCUUGAUAGAGAAGUAACUGACCACUACACUCUUAACAUAACAGUGUAUGACCUUGGUUUACCACAAAAAGCCUCAUCACAUAUUUUAGAGAUCCAGGUGCUGGAUGUCAAUGAUAAUAGCCCAGAGUUCUUACAGAAUGAGUACUCAGUGGAUGUUAGAGAGGACAGUGUUGUGGGCACAGAUGUCAUCGAACUAGAAGCCAUAGAUAAGGAUUUGGGGACCAAUGGGAAAGUUAGAUACUGCUUUCUGACCAAAACAGACACAUUUAUUAUAAAUGAAGAGACAGGGAUUGUAACAGUUCAAAGCCCACUGGACAGAGAGGCAACCCCAUCCUUUGCUUUGAAGGUUGCUGCUUACGACAAAGCAACCGAAGAGCCUCAGCUGAUAUCCUCCGUUAUACUUAACAUCAUGUUAGCGGAUGUAAAUGACAACGUGCCUACCUUUUCACCCCUCUCCUACCAUGUGAGGGUGAGAGAGGAUAUCCCAGUGGGCACCUUGAUCCUGUGGCUGGAGGCACAUGAUCCUGACUUGGGUCAGUCCGGUCAAGUGAGAUACAGCUUGACCAGCGAUGCGGACGGAAGCUUUUACGUGGAUAAAGUGAGCGGAGCAGUGUACCUCUUUCAGACCCUUGACUUCGAGAGGAAACAGGUCUAUAACCUGACAGCAGAGGCUAGAGACAGGGGAAAACCCAUUUCUUUAUCCUCAACGUGCUGCAUUGAAGUGGAGAUAGUGGACGUCAAUGAGAACUUGCAUCGUCCAUCUUUCCCUUUCUUUGUGGCCUGUGGAAAUGUGACUGAGGAUGCCCGUCCUGGAGCUUCUGUAACGAAAGUGACUGCUUAUGAUGAGGAUGAAGGAAGAGACGGGGAAAUACGCUACGCUAUACAUGAGGGCUCAGGCCUUGGAGUAUUCACCAUUGAUGAAAUGAGCGGUGUCAUAAGGACACAGGAGCUACUGGACCAUGAGACCACUGCUCAUUACUGGCUGAUUGUUUAUGCCACAGACAAGGCAGUAGUGCCACUCUCAUCCUCUGUGGAGGUCUACGUUGAAGUUCAGGAUGUUAAUGACAAUGCUCCAGAGACAUCAGAGCCAGUCUACUGCUCCUCUGUGCCAGAGAACUCUCCCAAAGAUGUCUCCAUCAUCUGGAUCCAAGCCUUUGAUCCUGACUCCAAAAGCAGUGACAAACUAACGUAUGAGAUAACCGGUGGGAAUCUGCAGGGAUUUUUUACCAUUAACUCACAGACAGGUUUGUUGACAACAACCUCCCAAAAGCUGGACCGUGAAGAGCAAGAAGAGCAUACGCUUGAAGUCACCAUUUCUGAUAAUGGCAGUCCAGCCAUGUCUACAGCUGUGCACGUGGUCGUGAAGGUGCAAGACGAGAAUGACAAUGCUCCUCAAUUCCUUGAGAAGGUCUAUAAAAUCAAGGUAGUGGAGCGGGCGGAGGCUAUCGAAAGGGAGCCGAUUUAUCGCAUCAUUGCUCGUGACAGAGAUGAGAGUCCUCACUCUGAGAUCUCAUACACCAUAGAAGAGGGUGAGGAGUCUAGGAGGUUCUUCAUUGAGCCACAAAGUGGGCUGGUCUCCUCCAAAGAGGCUUUCUCAGUGGGAGAAUAUCAUAUUCUCACGAUUAAAGCAUUGGACAGCGGGCAUCCUCAGAAGUCAUCGAGCUGUCAUUUGCACAUUGAGUGGAUUGCAAAACCUGAACUACCUAAAGAGGAACUAAUGUUUGAGGAGAUCUCACUCCAGUUUUCUGUCAUGGAGAGUGAUCCAGUUGGCCAUAUGGUGGGAGUCAUCAGCACACAGCCUCUUGACUCCCCUGUCUGGUUUGAUAUCAAAGGAGACGCAUAUGAUAAAGAAGCGUUUCACAUCGUCCAGAUGGCUUGUGACCUGAACUGUAGGCCAGAAGGUGGAAAUGGUGGCAGGUGGUAUACUCUUGAGAAGGGCAGUGGUACUAUCAUCAUUGCCAAACCACUGGAUGCAGAACAGCGGUCACAUUACAAUCUAACAGUGGAAGCAACAGAUGGAACCAGGUCCACCAGCACCCAGGUCUUAAUCAAGGUUAUUGACACUAAUGAGCAUCAACCCCAGUUUGCUCAAGCUAAGUAUGAAAUCAACAUUCCAGAGGAGACCCAACCAGGAACGAAGAUACUCAAGAUCAGUGCUACAGAUAAAGAUGAUAAGAAAAAACUAUCCUACAAGCUACUGAGCAGUACAGACCCACACAGCCUUAAGAACUUUCGUCUAGACCCUUGGACAGGCUUUCUAUAUACUGCUGAGGAACUAGAUCACGAAACCAUGCACAGGCACAUCCUAACUGUUAUGGUCCGAGAUCAGCAUGUCCCUGUGAAGCGUAACCUGGUGAGAGUGAUCAUCCAUGUUGAAGAUAGAAACGACAAUGCUCCAUGGUUCACCAGCUCUCAGUACUCUGGUCAGGUGUUUGAAUCAGCUGCGAUUGGCUCAGCUGUAUUACAGGUCACUGCUUUGGACAAAGACAAAGGCCAGAAUGCUGAGAUCCUCUACAGUAUAGAAUCAGGAGAUGAUAGUAAUUCCUUUGAAAUAGACAUGAUCUUGGGAAUAAUAAAGGUCGCAGAGGAACUUGGCUGCACCAACAGGAGUCAGUAUGAGCUGAAGGUGAAAGCAUCAGAUAAAGGAGAUCCACCGCUGAGUGUUUUUACAACAAUCUAUAUCACAGUCACCAUUUCCAAUAAUGCAGAGCCAAAGUUCAAUCCCAGCCCAAUCUCUGUUGAGAUCAGUGAGGCAGCCCCAGUUGGGACUUUUGUGACUAUGGUCACAGCCUCCAGUCAGUCAUCUGUCUUAUAUCAAAUCAAAGAAGGAAACACAAAUGGCACAUUUGACAUCAAUCCAAACUCAGGUUCUAUUGUUACCAGAAGGAAGCUGGACUACGAGACCCUGUCUUCGUAUAAAUUGACUGUGCAAGGUACAAACAUGGCUGGAAUGUCUAGUGAUGUCAUGCUGCUUGUUUUUGUAAAAGACGUGAACGACAAUGCCCCUGUCUUCACUCAGACUGAAUUUAUGGGGUACAUUAGCGAAGCAGCUACACUAAGGACAGUUGUCCUGACUAAUGAAGAUGCUCCACUUGUCAUUCAUGCAACAGAUGCUGAUGAGAAAGCAAAUGCCAGGCUUGUCUAUCAGAUUGUGGAGCCAUUUGCUCGCAACUACUUUGCCAUCGAUUCUGGCGCAGGAGUAAUUCAGACAAUCAGCAGCCUUGAUUAUGAGUAUCGACGUGUGUUCCACUUCACGGUGCAAGCCCAUGAUGCUGGCGUGCCGUGUUUGUUUACGCAGAGUGUUGCCAGUGUGACGGUGUAUGUCAUUGAUGUCAAUGAUUGCAACCCAAGAUUCAGCCAGGAUUUCUUUGAAGCAACCCUACUUCUGCCAACAUACAAGGGAGUAAGAGUGAUCACAUUAAAUGCUACAGAUGAUGACUCUCUACCCAAUGCCAAGCUCUUGUUCUCUAUUUUAGAUGGGAACACUAGGAACAACUUCAAGAUUGAUCCUAUUUUGGGUGAGAUUUUUGUGCAGAAUGCCACACAGCUACACAGCAGGUACAUUCUGACUGUCAGGGUCUCUGAUGGAAAGUUUACAAGUACUGCUAUGGCAAAAAUCACUGUUCAAGAGAACAAAGCCCAUGGUCUGAAAUUCACCCAGGAAAUAUUCACUGCCUCCAUACAGGAGAACUCUUCAGAGAGGGAAACCUUGGCUAUUAUUGCUGCAGUCGGGAACAAAAUAGAUGAACCUCUAUUAUAUUCCAUUCUGAAUCCAGACAGGAGAUUUGAUAUAGGUCAUACCUCUGGGGUUCUCUUUACCACUGGGAUACCAUUUGAUCGAGAGGAACAAGACACAUUUGAUGUGAUUGUGGAGGUUACCAAAGAGAAGAACGGAGUUGGAACUGCCCAUGUGCUUGUGAAAGUCACUGUUGAAGAUGUCAAUGAUAAUGCACCACUGUUUGUCAACCUGCCCUAUACUAUUGUUGCUCAGAUGGAUGCUAUAGUUGGAACUGUUUUUAGGCAGGUAACUGCAGUGGACAGGGAUGUUGACAGAAAUUCAGAGAUUAAAUACCAUUUGAAAGGGGGUGAUAAAUAUUUUCAGAUAAAUCCCUCUGGUGAAGUCUCCCUAAAAAGGCUAUUUGAACAGGAAAGUCUCAACACAAGGUUUUUGCUUAAAGUUAUAGCUGUGGAUGGUGGUCAUGAGCUCCUUUCCUCAACAGCAGAGAUGACAAUUACUGUUGUAAACAAAGCCACACCAGUGUUCGAAAGACCUUUUUAUAAAAUUGAAAUUCCCGAGAAUGUGCUGUUACAUACUUCAGUAGUGCAGGUCUUAGCAAAUGAGUCUGUUGGGACCCGUACAGUCUACAAGAUCUAUGAGGGAGACCUGUUUGGUCAUUUUUCCAUUAACUUUAACACUGGAGUCAUAGAAGUGAUUAAACCAUUGGACUAUGAGACACACCCUGCACACAGGAUAAUUAUCCAUGCAGUAGACUCUCUAACUGGGGCUCAUGCUGAAGUUUUUGUAGACAUAAUUUUAGAGGAUAUCAACGACAAUGCACCCAUGUUUGAUAUGAAGUCAUAUAACAUUAGUAUCUCUGAGUCUGUUAUGAUAGGUGCUUCAGUAUUGCAAAUUACUGCUAGAGACUCAGACAGUGGGAUCAACAAAGAAAUAUUCUAUCAUUUGUAUGCAAAAAAUGGGUCUAAUUCAGAGCACUUCAGAAUAGAUGAUCAAAGUGGGGUUAUCUGGACUACUGCUAUGUUGGACCAUGAAACGGAGCCGAAGCAUGAGCUGACCAUAAAAGCUUUGGAUUGUGGAGUUCCUCAGCUGUACAGUAUGGUCACAGUGGUAAUACAUGUUACUGACCUAAAUGAUAACCCACCUGUAUUUUCACAUCAACUAUACAAUGCUACUGUCAGUGAGCUCUCACCUCCAGGUCAUUUUGUUGCCCGUGUUUAUGCUUCUGAUGCUGACAGCACUGAUAUUGCAAAACUGGAGUUUUUUUUUCUAUCUGGGAAUGAGGACAGUGUCUUUGGUAUUGAUAAGAGCAGUGGAGUAAUUGCCAUUGCAAGCCACCAAAGGCAAAAACUGGAGAGUAUCUAUAACUUAAUAGUAUUUGCCACUGAUGGAGUUUUCAGAGCUCUGGCUAAGGUAAAAGUUGAUGUGAUAAGUGCAAAUAAGUAUAGCCCACUGUUUACACAAGACAAGUAUGUUGUUGAACUUCUGGAGAACUCUCCUUUAGGGACACUGGUUGCCUGGGUGCAGGUGCAUGACCAGGAUCCUGGAGAAUAUGGUGAAGUUACAUUAUUUAUUGUAAAUGAUGUGGCCCAAGACAAAUUCACUGUAAAUGCUGAUGGGCAGAUUCACACAGCUGAAAGCUUUGAUCGAGAGAAUGCAGCAGAGAAAGUGAUCCCUAUAAACAUACUUGCUAAGGAUGGAGGAGGAAAAGUGGGCUUUUGCACUGUUGUUGUACUUCUGUCGGAUGUAAAUGACAAUGCACCAAAGUUUAGGCUAUCCGAGUAUAAAGCCACAGUCUGGGACACUGUUCCCAUAGGAAUGACUGUGAUAAAAAUAUCAGCUGUGGAUGAUGAUGAGGGAAGUAAUGCUGACAUUGUAUAUACCAUGGACUCAGACAUUGGACACUUUGAAAUUCACCCCUUUAGUGGGGCAGUUGUCACAAAAGGAAGUCUAAUGGAACUACAAAAUGCAAUGUUUUCCUUCUAUGUGAAGGCUAAAGAUUCUGGAAGCCCUUCAAAACAAUCUGUUGUUCCGGUUUCAAUUACAAUACUUCCUUCUGAUUUGCCUGUGCCAAUGCUUGCUGAAACAUUGCUUCAGCUGGAACUUGCAGAGGAUCUCCCAGUUGGGACUGAGCUAUAUGUCAUCCAGUCUAAAAGCAAAGAUCCUAUGCUCUAUAGGCUUAUAAGGGGAAACAUUCCAGAGAGUAACAGAGAUGAUGCAUUUGUCAUUGAAACUAACACUGGAAAGCUAAAACUCACCAAACGACUUGACUAUGAGACUACUAAAUGGUAUCAGCUCUCAGUACAGGUCCAGGGCACUGCAGAGCACAUGGAGCUAACCUCAGUCAUAGACAUAAAUAUACAAUUAAAAGAUGUAAAUGACAACAACCCACAGUUUGACUCAUGCACUUACAAGUCUUUCAUUGUUGAGAACUUACCAGGAGGCACCUCUGUAGUCCAGGUAAGGGCUAUGGACUUGGACUCUGGAGUGAACGGUCAGGUCGUAUAUAGCCUAGCUGAGAAUCAGGAGAACCCUGAGAUUCUGGAGUUGUUUGCUGUGGACAGCAGGACAGGAUGGGUCACCACUGUCUCAGAGAUAGACAGGGAGAAAAAAGACAUGUAUACAAUAAUAGUUAUCGCCACAGAUAGAGCACCAGAGUUGCAGAUGACUGGCACCACCAUUGUGGAGGUGGCUGUGGUGGAUGUGAAUGACAAUCCUCCGGUGUUUACUGAGGCAGUGUACAAGGCUGCAGUGAGGGAGGAUGAAUCUGCACCAGGCACUGUCAUAACCACGCUGAGCAUCACAGACAAUGACAGUGAGGAGAUCAACAGGAGAUUCAGUUGCUUCAUCACAAGUAAAGAACCUCAGGGCCUGUUUCUGGUGGGAUAUGUGUACAGUGCUUGCACAGUCAUGGCUGGCAAAACCUUGGACAGAGAGGACAGGGAGCAUUAUGUCCUGAAUAUAACAGCCACAGAUGGAACCUACAUGGCCAAGACUACUGUAGAUCUCACAGUUCUUGAUGCAAAUGACAAUGACCCUGUCUGUGAGAAGGGUCUGUAUGCUGUAAAGGUUCCAGAAAAUUCCCCAGCAGGAAAACUCAUCCUGCGGGUUUCAGCCACUGAUCCAGAUAUCAAGUCAAAUGCUGAAAUUAUAUAUCGCCUAACCGGAGGUGGGGAUGACUCUUUCAGAAUUGAUUCUGCUACAGGUACACUGGAGACACUGCUGCCCCUUGACCGAGAGAAGAGAGAUGUGUAUAACGUUACAGUGCAGGCGUUGGACGGGGAGAAUCGCUUCUGUCAGGCUGAUGUGUUAAUCACCGUUGAAGACAUUAAUGACAAUGCCCCUAUAUUCACCUCUGACAUGUACCAUGUUAAUGUCCUUGAGAACACACAGCCCGGGGCCUGUCUGGCACGUCUGCAGGCCUCCGAUGCCGAUACUGGGCUGAACAGUAAAAUCAGCUAUUCAUUCGAAUACUCUGCUGGAGGCCUGUUUUCUAUUGAGGAGCAGUCUGGGAUCAUCAGCCUAGUGAAGCCUCUGAACAGACCAAAGAAGGCCUCAUACAGGUUGAGGGUUUGCGCUGUGGACCACGGUGCCCCCCGGAGGCUCUCCUCGCUUUGCUCUGUGGAGGUGGCCGUGGUGGGGGCUAACAACCAUCCUCCUUUGUUUGAGCAGAGGGACUACGUCUCCACGGUGCCUGAAGACAUAGCUGUAGGGACCCAGCUUCUGACGGUUUUUGCAGCCGGCAGAGAUGUGCAGUCCAACGGUCAUACGUGGUACUCUAUCACGGCUGGCAAUGAGAAGGGUGCAUUCAGGAUCAACUCUCAAACAGGUGACAUCUUUGUGAUUGCACGGCUGGAUUACGAGGCGUCGCGUCAGCACUACUUGACAGUGAAGGCCACGUCUGGUGGGGAGGAGGCACUGAGCGACACAGCCACCGUCACCAUCCAUCUGACAGAUGUCAACGACAACUGUCCUGUUUUCAGCCAGGAGGUCUACUCAGCAGCAGUCCAGGAGGACUCCGAGGCUGGCUGCUCAGUGUUAACUGUGUCGGCGAGUGACUUCGAUGGGCCUUCAAACAAUCGACUGCGCUUUUCCAUUGCGGCUGGUUACGAGGGCAGCCCGUUCAUCAUAGACACAGUCAGCGGGGUAGUGAAAGUGGCUCAUCAGUUAGACAGAGAAAAGGUUGCUGGGUACAAGCUGACAGUUUUGGCUUCAGACAGUGGAAAUCCUCCCAAAUCAAGCACUGCUGCAAUCAAUAUAACAGUGGCUGAUGUCAAUGAUAAUUCCCCCAUCUUCUCCCAGGUUAACUACAGCCUCGUCAUACAGGAGAGUCUGCAUUCAGGAGCCAGUGUCUUGCAGCUCAGCGUGACAGACAAUGAUUCCCCCGAAAAUGGACCCCCAUUCUCCUACAACAUCUUCAAGGGCAAUGAGGGAAAGCUCUUCAGUAUAGACCAUCAGGGAGUUGUUAGGACCACGGCGUCACUCAAGAGUAUAGGAAAGAAUGAAUAUGCUGUGUAUGUGCAGGUCUCUGACAGUGGCCAACCUCCUCUCCAGUCAUCCGCCCUCCUCAACAUUCACAUAGCUCAAGCAAGUGUGUAUCCUCCAUGUGUGUUUCCCCAAGAGAUCUUCAUCCUGGUCCUAGGAGAGGAGUUCCCAGGAGGCUUUAUUGGGAAGGUGCAUGCAACUGACCCAGAUGAGUAUGACACCCUCACAUACAGUUUCGAACCGCCGCUCAACAACCUGUUCUCUGUGUCUGGCGCGGAUGGCCACCUGCUGGCUUACGGAGGCCUGGACGUGGGCUACUACCUGCUCAACAUCUCGGUCAGCGACGGCCGCUUCUCUGCCUCGGCCGGCGUCACCGUGCACGUGCGGCGGAUCACACAGAGGAUGCUGGACCGCUCCGUGUCGGUACGCUUUGCCGGCAUCAAUGCCACGCAUUUCAUCCAUGACCACUGGAGGAACAUCCAGCGUGUCCUCUGUGGCAUCGCAGGCACCCGUGUGGCUGGGGUUCAGAUCCUCAGCCUGCAGCCGGUGGAAGCCAAUGACCUUGACGUGCUCAUGUCCUUGGAGGGGUCUGGAAGUAGUCACUCUUUCCUGGAGCUUCUCUUGCACAAGCUCAACACUUCCUCCACAGUUCCUGCGAGGCUCAGCAGCCUGAGAGUGGUGAGUGUUACACCUCGCUGGUGCACAGACACUGAGCGUCUGGGACGUGUGUGUGGACGGGUGGUGACCCUGGACCCAAGCAGCAUGGUGGUUUCUGGCACAAGCAGAGUGAGCUACGUCACACCACAUUACCGCAUCACUCCUAGAUGUAUCUGCAAAGGUGAAAAAUGCCCUGAAAGAAGACAAGGGUGUUCAAAUAACAUAUGUCCAGAGGGCUAUUAUUGUAUGUCCUUCCAAGGAAAAGACAAAUAUCACUGCAUAUGCCAAGAGGGUAAAGAGGAAAAAUGCAGUAGUGGUUCUUUAAUGAGGUUCAGUGAGAAAAGCUACAUCAAAUAUCAUUGGAGAAGGAACACUACAGAAGUAAUUAAGUUUUCUCUUAGGUUUAAAACUCUUUCUAGCCAUGGAACAGUGAUGAUUGUUAAAGGAAGAGGCUAUAGCAUUCUGGAGGUAGCAGAAGGCAGGCUGCAGUGCCAUUUGGACUGUGGCAGUGGGCUCGCUACCAUGCCUGUGCACAGGACUGCUGUAAAUGAUGGUCACUGGCACACCGUGGAGAUGGAGGUAAAGAGAAGCCAUGCCAGGCUGGUCCUGGACCACCUCCACUCCGCCUCAAGCAUCCUGUCUGGUGCGUACCCCUGCCUUGGCCUGGAUGUCCAGGUGAUCCUUGGCAGACAUACUGGGUUACUUGGCUCUCGGCCCAGGCGUACACUGUCCGUCUCCAGCAGCCUGCAGGGAUGCAUGGACCUGGUGCGCCUUAAUGAGCACAGCCUCCUCCUGCGUUCAGAAGCACUGUCAGGAAUUGCAUUAGACGACAUGGCAGAAGUAAUGCCAGGCUGUGACAUGAACUCAACUCCAGACACAGACUGCUCAAGCAACCCCUGCCUCAAUGGAGGACACUGCUCUCAGAGGCGUAGUGGAGGCUAUUACUGCAUGUGUAAUAAUUUAUUCAUGGGAGUUCACUGUGAGUUCAGUAUGAGUCCAUGUGCUUCCAACCCCUGUCUGUAUGGUGGAGUAUGUAUACAAAACAACAAUGAGUACUACUGCCGCUGUCGAGGACAGUACACUGGCCAAAGAUGUGAGAUUGGGCCAUACUGCAAGGAGAAUCCAUGUAUGAAUGGUGGACAUUGUAUUGACAGUCUGGAUGGGCCUGUCUGUGAGUGUAAAGCCGGAUUCAAGGGAGAAAGGUGCUUGGCUGACAUGGACGAAUGUUUGCAGCUUCCUUGCCUAAAUGGAGGCUGGUGCACAAACACCCAUGGCUCCUUCAAUUGUAGCUGUCAGCCGGGCUUCAGCGGGCGGCUGUGCGAGAUGCACGGUGACGGCCACGACAUUUUCAUCUCCUCUUCCUGGAACGUUGAUCUGGCUGAACCGGCAGUGAUACUCUUCUUGGCCAUCUUCUUCUUGGCGGUGUUAAACAUCCUCGUCUGUCACACCUACUGCAAGAGCAGCAAAGAGGAGCAAGAGAGAGAAAUACACAGAGCCGCUGAGGCCUACACCCAGAGGGCUUAUUUGGACAACCGGCCCGGUAGAAAGACCUUUCUGGGCACCCCACCACCAGUCCCACUGAAACCUGUGUCUUACACCCCCAGUGCUUCUGGAGACCCUAGUAAGGCCAUGGAUUCAGGCUCCAUGCCUGAGUUCAGUUCCCUUACUCCAGAUGUGAGACUUGGCCCUAGAAAGAUGGUGGCUGUGUGCAGUGGAUCACCCAGCCUACCCCAGUGCAGAGACUCCUGCUUGCCCACAGACAGUGAAUCUGUGCAAAAGUCAGACAUGGAUGAGGAUGAUAAUGAAAGCGCAGCAGAAACAAACGUUUACUUGCCAGUUGGAGAGGAGAGGUCAGCCAGUAAAAGAGAAAAUUCACAUGAGGCUUCUGACCUCAAGAAUCCAAGAGGUUACUACUAGGACACCUCAGACUGGAUGCAGAGUGGUCAGGGUCCUGGGUUUCAGAGCCUUUAUGAGUUUGUGCAGAUGCCCUCCAUGUGCCCUGACAUUACUGACAUGUACCCCAGACCUCAUACCACUGACACAGAGUACCUUGCUAGAGGUUCUGUAGAACCUUCACCUCACAAUAAUCAGAACUCUCAUUCCAAAUGCAAGCACAAAGCUGCAUGACCACAGGCCAACACCACCAUCCCAGCAUCACCAGUACCAUGCUGUACCACCAGGUGUCUGCAGCAGCACAACCUGGAUCAUUCACAGAAUUAGAAAGCCCAGACAGUGCAUCUUGGUUCAAUACAAGGACCAUUUAAAUUUACAUCAGGAGAUAUUGACUCUGAAACUGCUAGGCAGGGGCACCAAGAGACCUUCCCAGUUUGCUUCAUACCUCCACUCUGUCCCUGUCAGAAAAUGGUGAUGAACUACAUUUAAUAAUCAGUGAGUGUCAGAGUCUUGAAAAUGUUUCUCGUGAUAUCAUCACACCAGUGCUGGAUGAAGACGCUGUGUACGCUGAAGGCUAAAAUGUUCUUAGUGUGUAUGGUCUUAUGUGUGCUCAAAUGUAUUUUGUCACUUUCUCUACAAUCUCUGAUACAUAUACAGAAAUGUGUAGUUUAUGUGUUGAACUGCAGCACUAAGUGGUCAGUAAAAGUGCUACAUUAUGUGCUGUUAUUUUCGUGUUUUAACAG